AUUCACACGGGUGCUGAACCCGACAGCUCCCGUGUCCGGCACCGUCUCUGUGUCUUUGCCGCAUUAAUACUUACAAGAAGCGCAAUAUCUCUCCAUAUUCUUUUAUUUUUCCAAUUUAGCGUGAUUUUUUUAGAGUUAUGGAAGGACUCUUCACAAAAUGUUUGUGCAACACUGUAGUGUACAUUAAUGCGGUUAUCUCUUAAACUUGUACGGAAUCUAAUGACAUUUGUGAGUUUUCUUGUGAUUUGCUAUCUCUCUUUUAUUAAUGGUGAUUUCAGUAAUUAUUUUCCAAGUUCAAGAUUCUCUCAGCGGAAUCUUUACAAUGACACUGAUAUGGUAUCAUCCACCGUAGGAUUGGAUCUAGUUCUGGAUGUCGAACAUGCACAGAUUGCACAGUUCAAUGAUGUUUGGUUUAUCUUCACCAAAGUCAAGUCCUUGAAUGAGCCCCUUGCAGUCAAGCUCCAUAAUUUCAUGCAUUCUCUCUUGCAUUUCUGUACCAGCACGCAGUCUCUUCGUUUGCAUAUCAUAAGCGACGUGAAUAGUAAAUUCAUUGCGCAAACUCUUCUGGAUGAUGCUCUCAAAGUGGCAAACAAAAGUCUAAGUAUUGAGUUCUACAAUUCCUCAGAAAUUUCAAGAAAAAUUCAGGGAAUAGUGGAUGCCAUGAGACCUCAUUUCAGUUCGCAACCGGAUUCCUACUAUAGUGAUGCUCUCUUCUUUAUAUCUCUUGGACUUCAUCUGGUGGCUCCUACGACUAUAAAUAGAGCUGCUAUGUUCGAUGUUGAUAUGGAAUUUAGAAGUGAUAUAGUUAACCUUUUUCAAGAAUUCGAUAGAUUUGGACCCCAGGCACUUUUUGGACUUGCUCCAGAGUUGACACCUGUUUACCGUCACAUUCUGUACCGCUAUCGAAAUCUUCACAAGGAUACCCUUUUCGGAAAGUCAUUGAUCGAAGGUGGAUAUCCAGGACUCAACAGUGGUGUCAUAUUAUUCCGAUUGGACAGGAUUCGCCAAUCCGAUGUGUAUAACAUGCUCUUACAGAAGAAUAGCUCUGACUUUUUGGCGAAUAAGUACAAUUUCAAGGUCUGAGGGACCAUCUGACAUCAUGAAAGUACCUGAGUCACCAUUUAAUUCAGAAAUUUCUGGACUCAAUUGAUGAUUGCUCGACUGCUCUGCAGAUUCCGAGAUUGGCUGUUUCAAUUGCGAUGGUUCAGCGGAGCCUUUCAAAGCGAUCGAUUCAUCUCCAGCCGAUGAUUUUUUCGAAUGAAUUCUCCGAUUUAAAAUCGAAUUAGGUUUAGGAGUUGGAAUUACUGAGCUAGUAGACUUUACUUCUCCUUUGCAUGUUGAGGGCUUAGGUUGGGGGGGUUUUGGCGGCGGACCGAGCUCUUUUGUCUCAACAUUCUUCUUCUCUUUCCGUGUAGGCACUACUUCAGGUUCCUCUUCCUUGCUGGUUUCGUAGUCUGUUACAAUUUUUUUUUUCUUCACCCUCCGUCCUCUUCCUCUCUCCUCUCCUUCGGAGGAAGAUUUAGAUUUUCUAUUGCGUGUUAGGCGAAUACAGUCAUCGUAGGCUGCUUCAAAUGUUUCUGAAACAGCGUUAAAGGGAUGACCAGAAACAAUGUAAACAAUCUAAAAUACUUAGCAAACAAGACAAAAGUUCAGUAAAAUUGCACAUAAAGAAGCCUUGCUAACACUGCUGGUACUUGAAAGGGCGAGUAUCAUAUUGAAAAAAAUUGAACUGGCAAUAAUUAACAUUAUUUGUUCCUUUACAUUCAAUACCUACUCAAAGAUAACACCCGACAGAGCGCAAAAAAUAAAAUUGACACUUUAAGGCUUCUACUACAAAGUCGAGGGUCUUCCGAGAAAAAAAAAAUUAAUCUUAUGAUUGAUAAUAUCACAAUAAGAUCUGUGACAGAAUUUCUUGUUAGCACACAAUUUUCAUGAUGGUAGGACUAUUUAAAAAAUAUAUAGUUUAUUGAAUAAUGAUAUUUAUAUUAAACAUGAAGUCACAAGAAGUAUGGGUGAAUUUUGAAAAUUUACUUUUUGCACUUACCAUAGGUUGAUUUGACAAUUUCAUAAUUCGUCUCCAUUGGGAUGGCUUUGGACGCUAAUUUCAGAGCCGUUAAAGCAGACUCACAGGGGUAUUUCAUUUCAUGUUUAUUUAUGAUCCAGAUAUUAGGAACCGUGUCCACUUCAUAACUUUCAUCAAACAGUUUCUUUACUACUGAAAACAUUUCCUGGAAAGAUGAAAGCAAUAAUAAGACUUGUUAACGGCAUGAACAUUAACCAAUAAAAACAUUAUCACAUUGAUUUUUGUGACAUUUGAAAUGAAAAACGCAUCGAACUUUAAUGUAUAAUACAAACUCAUUUACCAGAUGAACAACGUUAAGGGGAAAAAAGGACACAACUACAAGGCCGCAAAGGUAAAGUAACUUGUCUUCAGAGUAACCCACGUAUAAUUUAAUCAGUGUUGAAAAACAAUGUCCCUCAAAAUUCAAGUUACUUAGAAAUGUGGGUCGAAUGGAAAAAAAUUAACAGAACCCUUUCAAACGUUCAUGAAAUUUACAACAUUUUGAGGCUCUUUUUGCAAGACUGCUCAGUUUUUAAUUUCAAGAAUUUGAAAUGGAACUUAAUAAUAAUACUGAAAAAGAUUGUUGAUCGCCAAACCAGAGAGAGUUAAAAUUAAGCUUCAAUCACUUCCACACUUGUUUGUUUAUGCUUCUAAACAUACCUGUUCUUUGCAAAUUAAAUAAUACAUGCACUUUCUGUAAAUGCUUGUAUCGUUAUAAAGCAUCCAAAUUUACUUACUUUCAAUGGAUGAAAGUUGGUCACUUGUUGCACUGAUCACAAAUUACGUAGCUCAAAUAAUCAGUACCUAAAUCUCAAAGAUUAUAUAAGCAAAUUGAACAUUAUCUAAAACAACCCAAGUACGAUAAAUAGCGAACCAUAAAUUUAAUUGAAGAAAUAAAUAAAUGACUACUGGAAACUAAAAUGGAGUACGAUGAUCCUCAUAUUGAUGCUAAAAUUUAGGAAAAAAACUAUUGUGAAUCAAACUAUCAUGAUCAUCGGGGAGAUAAAGCCUUACAACAAAGACUUGACAAGUAAACAAAUUUGGACAA